GAAACAACGACAGAGUGCGAAAGAGAGGGCAUGCUAUGGUGCGAGCGAGACAACCAGAGUCUAUUUUGACAGUUCCGUACAAGCUUGCGUGAAAAUCAAAAUAUUUCACACAAGUGUCAAAGGAUUUAUUUUGUAAACAAACUUCCCGUUCCCGCGGCGGUAUCAAAAUCCUGAAAUUCGCGGAUUUUCUCCCGUAUCCGGCAUCCUGGACCACCAAACGAACCACGACCGCGUUCCGUGAUGGCUUUAAAUGUUUCGCUCAGUGCCUUUCAAUCGAUCGUUGUGUCCGAAGUGAAGGCAAAGCAGACGGCAUCGGUCGCCAUCUCGACCGAUAUACUGGAUGAUCUAGCCAGCCGCUUCAUCAUAAACGUACCGGUGGAGGAGCGCGAGAACCUGAUACGGAUUUGCUUCCAGGUGGAGCUGGCCCACUGGUUCUACCUCGAUUUCUACUGCUCGGAAAACAAGCAAAAGUGUGGCAUCAAACAGUUUGCGCAGCAAAUCUUCAAGCAUGUUCCAUUCCUACAGCCACACUGGCCACAGGUAGAUGAGGUGUUGGAAAAUUGGAAGCAGUACAAGCUGACGGUUCCGACGUACGGUGCGAUCCUGCUGUCAGAGGACAUGAAGAACGUCCUGCUGGUACAAUCGUUCUGGGCGAAAUCUUCGUGGGGCUUCCCGAAGGGAAAAAUCAACGAACACGAGGAACCGGAGCACUGCGCCAUCCGAGAGGUGUACGAAGAGACGGGUUACGACAUUAAAAACCUCAUCAAGCCGUCCGAGUACAUCGAGAUGACGAUCAACUACCAGUAUACGCGCCUAUACCUGGUACCCGGUGUACCACUGACUACAGUGUUUGAACCAAAGACCCGGAACGAGAUCAAGUGUUGCUCGUGGUUCCCCGUCGAGCAGCUGCCAGUGACCAAGCACGAAAAUCUCAUCAAAGAUAAUCAAAACUUUUCGGGCAAUUCUUUCUUCAUGAUACUACCUUUCGUGAAGCGACUGAAGAGAUGGAUCGAGAAGCCUGGAAAGAGCAGCAAGGCAGCCGGUAAGAGUGGCAUCCACCUGCAGGCCACUAAUUCUCCCGUGCUCGGCGGUCGUGAAGCUUCGGGAAAACAGAAAAUCUUCUUCGAAAACAACCUAAACAACGGUGGUGGUGGAAGUGGUAGCAAGAAUCAGUCCGGCGGCCAACAGCCCAUUCAGCAGCAGCAGCAGCAAGGGCAACGCGCUAGACAAAGGCAUAAAUCGAUGGGAGAAAUAGAGCCACAGAAUGCAGGCUCACGUGUUAAAAAUACUUUUGGCACUCCAACGGUCAACCAGGUCCAACAACCACAGCAGCAGCAAAGUGGACAGAAUCAACAGUUCUACAAAAACAGUCCAAACUACAGUCAGCAGCAGCAGCAACUGCCACUGAGUAUGGAUCUGAACCGGUCACAGCGAUCAACUAGCGUUACCGGCGAUGGAGGAUACCAAGAUUUCUCGGCCGGUAUCGUGGAAGGAUCGUCGGCUUGGUCAAAGAAGGGUUUGAAAAAAGCCGAUAACUCGCUGAUCGCGUCCGGUGGAUUGGCCCCGGGAACCGGGCAUAGCGCUGAACGGGCUGGAAAGAAUCAAACGAAAAGAAAACUCUUCGAUAACUUUCCACCCAGCACCGACGAACACCCCGCCAGUGGUGGCCAUGUGGUGAAGGACGAUGGUUUGGCCGAGUUCGACAAGAUCGAUGCUUGGAUUUCGUUCAGGUUGGACUAUAGUAAAUUCCUUUAGGAAUUUGGUCUUAAGAAAAGAACAAACUGGCGGACAAAUUAGGGUUUUUUACGUAUUAAUCGAAUGUAUUUUUUUGCAAAUAAAAAGAUUCACAAAUACGCCCAGGUAACGUGGAUAUGCUUUUUUUACGAUGGCAACAGCGUUAGGGGAGCUAUGGAUAAAAAA